ACCUGCUGUGACAGUGUUUGCAUGGUGUCUUACUCACUCUGUCCUUUUAAAAAUUUAAGAACUACUUAGCCACAUGCCCACCUACUGUGCUAGCACUGCUGUGCAUGUAACUGUUCUCCAACAGUUAUUUCCUUCUCUCAUUUUGUGAACAACAGGUGAUCCCUGUGCGCUUGAGCCAGAAGUAUGGGAUUGUUUGACAAGCUGGCAGGAUGGCUUGGGCUGAAGAAAAAGGAGGUUCAUGUUUUGUGCCUUGGCUUGGACAACAGUGGCAAAACAACGAUCAUCAAUAAACUUAAACCUUCAAAUGCUCAAACUCAGGACAUCGUCCCAACAAUAGGAUUCAGUAUAGAGAAGUUCAAGACGUCGAGUUUGUCUUUCACAGUGUUUGAUAUGUCAGGUCAAGGGAGAUACAGAAACCUGUGGGAACAUUAUUACAAAGAAGGCCAAGCCAUUAUUUUUGUCAUUGAUAGCAGUGACAAAUUAAGAAUGGUUGUGGCCAAAGAAGAACUCGACACCCUUCUGAAUCAUCCAGAUAUUAAGCACCGUCGACUACCUAUUCUCUUCUUUGCCAACAAGAUGGACCUCAGGGAUGCAAUAUCAUCUGUGAAAGUAUCUCAGUUACUGUCAUUAGAAAACAUCAAAGACAAGCCCUGGCAUAUCUGUGCCAGUGAUGCUCUUAAAGGAGAAGGAUUACAGGAAGGUGUGGACUGGCUGCAAGAUCAGAUCCAGGCAACGAAGACAUGAGGGAGAAAUAAAAGAUGUAUGGUGUUCUUCUACAGACCUUGUCAGCAGGUCUACAAGCUCCUUGGAAAAGAAGAGUUAAGGAAAAUGAACAGUUCAGCUAAAAUACACUGUGGUGACUUGUUUCCUUUUAGUAUCUCUUCCAGGAAAACUGAAUGUAGACACCAUAGCACCUCAGGUAUGCACACUGAUGAAUGACACUGACUCUUCUGACU